UGCGUUCGACGCUCCCGCCCCGCCUCGCGGCAGUCGCGCGCGUCCUCGCCUGCCGUGUAGACGUGCCGCGCCGUCAGCGUAUGCCUGCUCCACCAAGCUCUCAAGGGUGCGCGGGGAACUCGGUUUUGGCGGGUUUUCGGACGUGAUGCGCCUUGCACCCCCCCGCCGGAUGCGCACGUGUUGUCGAUGUAUAGAGUAUGUGCCGGCGCCCCGCCACAGUGAAAUCUGUGGCAUCAACUGUCAGUGAUCACUUGGAUUGCAGUGUUGGAUUGUAGGAUCGGAAUUGGACGUUGCCUUCGCGGCUUUUUUACUUGUUAAUUGCGAAUAUUGACGAUUGGCAAAACUUUAUCGUCGAAAAUGUUCGUUCGCGGAGUUGAUUGAAACUCUGUGACUAAUUUGAAUAUUGUUUGAGUGAAGUGCGCAGUGUUUUUGUGUUGAUUUCGUUGUGUUUGACAAGACGUUACCGAGACUGCUGGUAUGCAUAUGUGCUAUGAAAGGCCCGGCUUGGUCUCCGCCCUGAACGGCGCUGUUGGGUACGACAAGUGGGACCGAGACCGGGACCGCGGCGGAGGCGGCGCCGGCGCGCCUCCGUGGCCGGGCCGCGACCGCGAGCGCGACCGGGAGCGCGAGCGGCAGGCGCGCGCGCACCAGAUGUCGCAAGCGCACGCCGCCGAGCCGGACGCCACCGCGUCGCUCUUCCAGGCUCCCUCCAGGAUAACGUGCAACAAGGACCGGCAAAGCCAGCAGAUCCAGUCGAAGCUCGGCGACUACCAGAUUGCGCAGGCGCUGAUCGACGAUCCUAGCAAGUCGAUCGGCAUCUGCGCAGAGCCACCCAGCCCGGCGCCAUGUCACCCAUCGCGAAGGGAGAGCGAGUUCAAGAAGCCGUCGCACGCGCCGCAAAACGGGCGCGUUCACCACCGCCCCUACGUUCACAAGAGCGAUGGGUCCCUACCGGCGCCGCCUACGCAUCGACCGCCCCCCCUCAAAAUCAACGGCAUCCAAUCACAAAGUGCAAUUGACAGCUGUCAGCCGCCUAUAGAAAGUAUAUUAAAGGAAAUGAAAUCGCUGCCGCAGCCGCUGUCAGUGAUCGCCGCUACACCCCGCAAGGAGCUGGAGAACAAGUUCAUCUUCGACCCCUUUAUGAAUAAGGUUCAAGAAAACCCCCAACUAAUCAACAACGAUCUCAAAACACCUCUUCCUAAACCCGGUAUAGACAAUCGGAUAUCACACUCAAGAAGUGUAACGCCACCGUGUGAUGGGUUGAAUAAGGACCUCGGGUUAUCGGAAAGUGACGAUGAGGUCGCGGCCAGCACGAUACACCACACCACCAGCAGUACUGCGCUAGAACUAGAACCCAUCCUAUCGCCAAUCGUCUCCGGCGGCAGCCCGUCCUCGGCCAGCGAGUCAUCCGACUCCGAAUCAGAGUCCUCCUCCGCCGAGUCCAGCGGUCCCCCGCCGCGGGAGACCAGAGAACCCAGGGAGACCAGGGAACCAAGAGAGCCUAGGGAGGCUAGGGAACCACCGGCCCCGGCGCGACUGAGUUCCGCGGCGGAGUCGCAGCCGGUACAGCGGCCUUCUUGGUCGCUGUCAAACUUCGCGCCGCCGACCGCGCCGCUGCCUGAGCCUUAUGAUAAGGGGUCGGAGUUGCGGCAUGCGCUCGCCGAUAUCAAGGGGAAACCGAGUCCAAUCUCGGACCUCUCUGACUCGGAGGCGUCGUCCCCGUCGCCGGGGCAACGGCGGAGGCGCUCGUCCAAGCUCACCGUGUCCAGCGACGAUGACUCGCCGAGGCCCACUAAUACGCCUUCGCCCCGCGUCGCGGCGUCGGCGGUGAAGCGCGGGCGGCCGCCCAAGCCGCGCGCCGAGGAGCGCGAGCGCCCGCCCAAGAAGAAGCGCGGCCGCCCGCCCAAGCUGCGCCUCGCCUCGCCGCCGCCCAGCCCGCGCCACCACCCCGAGCCCGAGCCGCCGGCCGCACCUGCACCUGCGCCGCACCCCGUGCUGCAGGACACCAAGACGCACAUCUUCCGCAAGGUCUUCACUCCCAAAAAGGGUGACGAAUGCGGCGGGAAAGGCGGAAAGGGUGGCAAAGGAAAAGGUGGCAAGGGCAAAGGCCAGGUCACUAUAAUAGAAGUGGCGGCCGAGUCCGGCGCCGACGACGAUGAGAGGAGGCAUCGAGAGCGCUCCGCCGAGCGGCGGAACGAGGAGGCCCUCGCCCGGGUCUCCCCUCCCCAGGAACCAGAGACUUUGACCAGGAAACGAGAGGCCGAACGGGUCGCCAAUGAGCGGAUACAAGAAAGAGUGUCCCUCGAACGGCCCGAAAGGGACCGCUCCGAUCGAAUAUCUGAACGCGUCCCAGCACCGGACAGAAUACCGGAUCGGACGUCCACCGACCGGUUAUCCUCAGAUCGGUCCGACCGUCUCCACGACCGGUAUAGCUCCGAGCGACUGCUAACCCCUAGCCGGCAUUCGAGAGAACGGAUAUCGUCCGAGAGGUCGGAAAAGAUGGAGAAGACCUCCCUCUCCGGAGACAGGAUGGACCGUCUGUCGGCGGACAAGAUGGACCGUCUGUCGACAGACAAGUUGGACAGGCUGUCGACGGACAAGUUGGACAGGCUGUCGACGGACAAGUUGGACAGGCUGUCGACGGACAAGUUGAACAGGCUGUCGGGCGACAAGUUGGGCAUGGAGAGGCUCGACCGGAUGCCGGACAGAUUCGUUCGCGCCGAGGCGGAUGUCGGGUCCGGCUUGAAGGGCCGAGGCUCCGAGAGACUCGAAGAAGCCUCUUCAAUUGUGCCCCGUCGCGCGCGCAUUCCCGUGCGCGUGCCGCUGGAGCGGCUGCGCGCGGAGACGGUGCGCAGCCUGCUGGCCGCGCCGCCGCGCCGCGCCGCCAAGCGCCCCGCCACGCCGCCGCCGCACCAGGCGGGAGAGGUAGCCGCGACCAACCACGAGCGGACGGCGGGCCAGACGCCCAUCUACUACUCGUACUUCGAGCGCCUGCCCGCAGACGUGCUUUCUGACGAGGAACGAGACCACAAAUAUUACCUAGACCAAGCGAAACAGCUGAAAUGCGAAGCGGAACGCGAGCAGAAAGCUCUACCCCGUGUCAUGCUUUACCUCGAAUCAGUACUGUGCUUCGUUCUAACCGGGCGAGUGCUCGAGUUAGAAUUGGACACCAAACGCGCCUUCACCAUAUACCGGGAGACCAUAGAGUACAUCAAGAGCAUACACUCGAUGCCGCAGCGGUUUAGGGCGUCGCCGCAUUCGACGUUCAACAAACUCGAUAUACUGAGCUUACGUGUGCAAGCGUUGUUAUACUUGCGCAUGUUCAAAAUGUACAACCGGGAGGUGAAGGAGUACUACAGGAUAGUGCAGGACUACCAGCAAAAGGUAAAUGAUCCGGCGUGCGCGGAGUCGGUGUCCCCCCUCUCGCCCACCCCCUCCCCCGGCGGGUCCGUCGGCUCGGUGGGCUCCGUCGCCUCCGCCUCGUCCGGCUACUGCAGCAUGGCGCACUCCGUGCCCGCGCAGGCGCACAACGCGCUGCUCCAGCUCACCAAGUACUACACCUUCCUGUACGUCGCGCACGACCUGUGGGAGCAGGCCGACAACUUGUGCAGGCUGCGCGCUAAUCAGGAUCUAUUCAUAGCAGUCGACCGCAAAUGCGGCCCCCUGACGCUAUUCUCCACGUUCCGUCACCUCGUGCAGUACGUUCGCUACGCUAUCUCUCUCAUCAAGAACGCGGCGCGCGAGUGACCGGCCGGCCCCUGGCCGAGAGCCCCCGAGGACCCCUGGCCUCUAGGCCCCGGCCUGAAGGACCCCUGGCCUCUAGGUCCCAAGGACCCUAGACUGUUCCAGACACCGGCAAGUGUGGAGCCGAGAAAUGUGCGGUAUUGGUGAAAGAAUAUUCGUAGUAACGAUAGUA